AGGCUGCUUGUCGAACAACGACUUUCGAACUGACCUCCUCAGCGGCAAUGUCGGUUGAAACUCGUUCGAGAUAUCAACUUCAACAACUAGUGUUGUCUCUUUCCCUGCUUUGUGAUAUAUAGACCUCGUGGAUAGGAUCCGUUCGGCUUGACAAUCAUGUCAAGCAUGUCAAGGUUCAUUUUAAGCCGACUUGGGCUGAUGUUCAAGACAAUGGGCGAGUCCCAGCAUAUCUUACCUCGAUAUAAGACCUUGAUAGGUUCGCGAUGCACACAGGACUCUUUAGCGUCCUGUGAGGUUUUCAUCAUGCCAUGCCCGUAUGUGUUCCCUUCGUCGGUCCAAUUCGUAAUAGAAUCCCAGCCGCAAUUUUCCCGCCUCCUGCAAUGUGAACUUUGGCUUUCUACUUGUGCUGUCAAUCUGGCCGACUUUCUUGCACGCUGCCAUGUGGUCUGAUGGUCGGGCCACCGACGAUGAUCCCGAAUACUCUAUCCAUCCUAUGACUAGAGCAAGUACUGCUGAAGAAUCAGACCAAGUUAUCACACCGCUAGAUGACCUUGGAUAUGACCUUGGAACGAAGGAUAUCAGCAGUUAUAACCGUGAUUCAGGGCAAAGGAGCGAUGACAAUUUCGAUCUCUACGACUUUCACACUCGUCAUAUGGCUGCCAGAAUGGUUGACGGGAAAAGCAGAAGGACAAGAGCCGAAGUUGAACCACAUGGGCCCUAUUUCUCUCGCCCUCGCGAUCAAACGGCGAAAAGCACUUCCCUGGCUCGACGGCGGACGGCAAAGGAGCUUAUUGGUCGCUAUGAGUCGAUGAACUCGUCCUGCUCUGCAACUCCUCGGUCUGCAGUAAAGGGUUCGGUUAAUGGUUCCGUAAAUCGGAACAAUCUGUAUAGCCCAGCAGCGGAGAAAAGAGUCAAGGGUCGAUCUCCCAUUCGACAGUCAUUUCGUAAUCUGCUCUCCGUAUUCAGCAAGAAGGCGAGGAGAUCUUCCAAAGACGGCCAAUCAAUAUCUGCCUCUAAAACGCCACCCCACCAGACUGCUGUUGCUCAAACUAUCUCACCCCGCCGCCUCUCCUCUAUUGAUAUUCCUCGCGCUAAUGCGUCCUUCGGAAAGCUUACCGCACAAGAUGCCAUGAUCUGUAAUACACCGGGCUCACUUCAUACAGGAUCACUUCUUUAUCUUUGCCGGUCCACUACCUCGAAUUCCUUUCCUGUCUGGACGACGUGUACUGCUGUACUCCAUCCAUCUCAUGUUCUCAUCACCUGGCACACAUCAUUCGGAAAUCCAUCCACGUCGAUAGUGACUCUAGCACAUUGCACAGACGUUAGAUCUUUAGCUCUGAAAGAUUUAGAUGAUGCAGAGCGAGACCUUUUACCUUCAGGCACUACGGAGGUGAAGGUCUUUGAACUUCUGUUCGAAGGCAGAGCUAGAGAAAAGUUCGCUGCUAAUUCCGUGCAGGAUCGGGCUGGAUGGGUCAGUGCUAUAUGGGAUGCGAUUUUGCAAACCCAAGAAUGCCGAAGUUAUCUUUCGCCUUCAGGACAUGAUGCUCUCAGUAUUUCAGAACAGUCAUCUUAUAGCCCUUCUCUGCAACAGUGUGGGCGAACCGUCUCCCAGGUCAAGUCAACUGCGUCCAUCAUGACGAGCGUCACGGACAGAGCACUUCCUGCGCUUCCUGCACCCGUCUCCCCUAUCCGUAUCUCGCUAUAUGAUCCUCCUGCACCACGCAACACCCCAUCUCCAAUACCCAAUCGCAUAUCUCUCCAGACACCACCUCCUUCACGCGCACAAAGCCCCUCCAUCCGAAAUCUAGAUCAGCGCUCCGUGGUCAAACAGCGUCUGGCACAGAUAGAACGCUCCAACUCUGAGGAAUCAGCUCGUUCGAAUCUGACUCCUACAAAGUCUACGCGCACUCGUCAAUAUACUUCCUCUCUGUUGACACCUAAAUCCGCGCGAACCGAACGAAAUCAGUGCCUUGCUCGCCAAGAUACUACUGAGUCUGCGGCCGAGCAGUCCAUAAUCGAGUCCUACGCUGAUUCUGGACGGGAAUCACCGUUCUCUACAUCCUCAGGCAAGUUGACUGCUGUAACCUCGACUCGCACUUCACGCACUCGAGUCGAUGAAAUCAAGAAACAGUCAAAUCCUCCACGCCAGGACUUGUUCUCGCCUGCCUCCCAGUACUCAAACGAGGAGAGACACCAGCCAUUCGGUGUCCCUUUUCAACUCCACCACAUCAGCGGUCUCCCUAUGCAAGAAUCAAGACCACCACCUCUCGUUUUUACUGGAGGCGGCGGCGUUCAGGCUAAGACUACACUGCCUGAACCCCCGAAGCCAUCACCGAAACUGGACCUUGAUGAUCGUCUGGCCAGUCUGAAGGCUGAAGUGCUCACUCUGGCUACGGCACGGAUGCAAGCUCCCACGAUCGUGUCAACCGAUGAGCACACGAAGCAAGCUUUGCGGGGUAUUGAUGACUCCGUGAAACGCAUCGAAGACCACGAGCUUAUCCAUGGACAAAAUCUUAGUGUGCUUCGUGCACAAGUCGAGACGGUACUUGCGGAACUUCGCGCACACGCAGAUGAUACUGCUGGACAGGCCAUAGCUGCUCCAUUCAAUAUGGAGGAAGUCACCAAGAAUUUGGAGGCGAUGCGAGCUGCAAUGUCCAGUCAACUUCCGCAGUUGAUAAGAAAAGUGGAACUUCUUGGGCGUGUGCAUUCAGAUACGAAGGAGGAAUCAGUCACUAUGCAGAACGUUGCACCAGCUUCUGCUGAAGAUGACAAGCCUCAUGUUGCAGAUGCCACAUCGACAGCGGUCAUGGAUAUUUCACCACUCGCGAUCGAGGAGAAGUUGAAUCAGCUACUUAUUCUUUGUCAAACUUUACAAGUCACUAACAAUCCCAGGGUGCAACUUGCGGAGGGUGAAGAUCAGAACAAGGAGGUGCAGGAGAUUCUUGAGUUGAUCAAGAACGAGCAAGCGCAACGGGCGGAACAAGCUGAGCAGCAGGCGGAUAGCGUUCGAUACCUGAACGAAUUGAAUUCUUGGUUGGAAGCAUUUGUGAACCACGGGACUUCACAGAUUGACAGCGUGGUCGCUGGAGUCCAGCAGUUAUGCAAGGAACUCGGGCCUGUUUCUGAACUUCAAAACCUUGCAUCAGAAAACGACGGAAAACCCCUACCUGGUGGGCUGCCGAAUCCUGCAGGCAAUCUCCUGGCUGACUUCCGCAGUUUCCUGCUCAAGGAUCAGGAGAGGGAGGAGAACACUACCAUAUUGCAAGCUUCCGUGAACGGCUUAGUUGCUGCUGUGCAAGAAGACCUUCGUCGAAAUGCAGAAUCUCGAAAUCAGCUGACAACGGAAUCCAUCGUAGGACUAAUUGAGCGACAACGACAAGACCAGGAGAGAAUGCUUCGAUUAUUGGCAACGGAUCUUUCCAACGAUAUUCGCGGGGAACGACUGAGGUUUGUCGAUGCGAUGAAAGAGGCUACUGCCAUCAACGUCCAGAUACACGUGGAGGAAUUCAAGAAGGAGCUCACCAGAGAGGUCCUCCUGAUGACACAGGAGGUGGGUCGUUUGCAGAAGGAACGACAGUCGCUGGAACAGCAGAUUGCGGAUUUAUUUGGGUUCUAUGCGAAACAAAAACAGGGCAGCGGGGCACCGCAGGCAUCAAGGUUGACGUCUGCACCUGGUUUGACGGUUCCUAACCUCAGACGCGCCCUGCCUUCCAUGCGUCGAAGGCCUCUUCCCACUCCUUCUCCCGGUCCGUAUGGUAUCAGCCAGUAGAUUCGUUGUUUUUCGUUUCCUUUGCGAAGAUCCAUGGUCAUAUCCGAGGAAAGAUUCUAAUCACCUAUAACUUAGUUUAAAUAUUAGUAUACAGACCUCAUCUUUAAUUAUCAAUAACAUAUUUGACCCGCAUUACUAUACUGUGCUAUAUACCCGCAUGCCCAGGCUC